UGGAAGAAACGUCUAUAAAAAAUUACACACGCCUUUAAUGUUGUGUCUAAAUAAUUCAAAGUUCAGCGUAUAGUGAUUGUUUCAUUAAUUUUGCAUAACUCGGCUGCAACAACUCGCAAAGUGAAUCAAGUCAAGAGGGGGAGGUGCGGAAACGCUUCUACGAUUUCCAAAUAUUUUCCAUUACUCAAAACGAACGAACCAAAAAGAACAAACCCAGCAAGAGAGAACCGGAAAACCUUUAAAGCAACCAUUAUACUCACACAUAAGUUACGCUCUCAACGGUCUCGCCAUGGCACACACACAUUUGGGUCGAGCUGUCAAAAACAUCGAGCCGCCACGACCUCUGAAAUCACAGUCUCGCUCGUCAUUGAAGAACAGCUAUCUGGUUAUUGACGAUCUGAUCCAAUUGAUAGAGAAUGUGGCGCUUGGUCUGCAGUCGUGCAACACCACAGCAGAAUCGAUAACGCUGCUGUUGCACAAUUUGCGAGUUCACGGGCCACAACUUGAAGCGGUGUCCAAAGAUACAUUGGAUCGUGCAUUCGUCGUGUUUCGCAAUGCUUCACAGGACGAACGUCUGAACAUAAUGACAAGACUUAAGCUUCUCGAACUGAUUGAAUUGCGUGCCAAAAGCUGGGAAGAUAACGAUACGAUUGCCUACUACAAAGCCAAGCAGCAGGUAUCCAAUGUUGAGCUACCCGCUGAACAAUAUCAACACGAUGCCGGGCCACAAGCUUUUCUUAGCACCUCCCCCACAUUUGGUGUCGGCGGCUUGGGCAUGGGUACGGGUGCUGCCGCCACUCCUGGCAAUGCUGCCUUUGCUGUUGCUUCGGCAGCCGCUGCUGCUCAGGCUGCGGCCAUUGCCGCUGUUGGCUCUCCAAAUCAGCAGCAUAUGCUGCUUCCACCAGGUGAAGUCAUUCGCAAUUCGGGCAAAUUUCCAAAACCAACGAAAAUUCCUGGCAAAACCUAUUGUAAAGAUGAGGUGGUCAUACGUAAUGCAGAUUCUGGCAAAGUGAUGGGCAUAAAGGGUCGCCGUGUGCAUAUGAUUGAGGAACUCAGCGAAACUAUAAUAUCGUUCCAAAGAGUCAGCCCUGGAGCGAAGGAGCGUUUGGUGCAGAUUACCGGACCGGCUGAAGAUAAAAUAAAUUAUGCCAAACAACUAAUGGAGGACACGAUUCGCCGUAAUGCCUCACCGGUUCGCCUGGAGCCAGCACCAGCUGCAGGCGGCUCUUGCUCCUCCCUCAACUCAUCGAACUCGGACGAUGCCAAUGUACAGGUUCGCACGCCCAGUGCUGGUAACAGCAGCCUGGCCAAUAGGCUGAGCUUUAACUCGGCGCAAAAUUUUAUGACUGCCAGCGCGGCGGCCCAGCAAAUCUCACAGCAUCAGCAGCAGGUGGCCAAUAUCGCAGUUAAUCCGGCAACAGCUGCUGCCGGUAAAGUUUUGCGCUCCAACCAUCAGCUUUUAAUGCACUCAUAUUCCACCAACGAUGCAUCCGUAGGUGAAUACAAAUUCACGGUCAACGUGGGCCAACAUCUGAUCAAAAUCACUGGGGAUUGCUGCGAACUAGUGCGCGUUGCCAAGCUUGUUUUGGACGAUUAUUUUAGCAGCUCCGAGUUUCUGGCAUCAAUGGAAGCGGGCGCUGCUUUCGACGGCAACUCAAUGGUCAGUCCCGUAACAACACCGUCCACACCAUUACCCGGCGCUGGACAACCACAGUUCGUCGUCGUAGGAGGAAAUCCGUUGCGCACCGCGGGCACACCGUUGGCAGAUAGUGGCGUUAGUCUUAACUAUGUAUUUGCUCCGGCUUACAAUAAUGGCGAUGGUGAUGAUGAAGUUUUUGCUGAUGCAUCAGCCAAUACCUCCAAUCAAAAUGGUCUAGCACGUUCUCGUCGCAGUCACUUCUCACGAAAGGAGUCCACUCCCGAAAAUAAGGCUGCCCGCGAAAAGGUGGACUUGGACGAGAGCGCUGGCAGUACCCUCAAGACAACAGCAACUCGUUUAUCUUACGACAUAGAACAUUUGAUAUAUUACUCGAAGAGUCCGCAUGCCUGGUCUCUACCACUGGAAUGGAAUAAAAUAGUUGAUACUGCACCAUCGAUUAUACGCAAUAAGGAUCUACUUGAUGAGAGUCAACGCUUCGAUGGUGACAAAUAUAUUGCGAGCAUAAAGAGCGCUGCCAAACGAAAUAUUGUGGCUGCCGACGAAACUGAAAACCCGGAUGAAUAACAUGAAUGCAAGAAAAUUAAAUCAUCCCAAACAACAUCGAUUUAUAAAAGAUAUAUAUAAAUCAAAAACAUACAAAACAGUUAUGUGGCAUCCUGAUAAUAGAUGAGAUGAUAUUGCGGUUGUGUACGAAGAAGAUUGAUACGCUGAUCAUAGAAUUGGAACCAACCCGCACUUUCAAAUUUAUACUUCAACAUAUUUUUCAUAGCCUUUAGCUCACCUAAAUACCUUAGCAGGAAUUUUGCAAAAACGACAAAAAAAAAUUUAAUUAACUAACAUUAUAGUUAAAAACGAAGGGUUAUAUAUUGAACAAAGUAUAACGUAAAAUCAACGAAGCCUUUAGUUAAGUUUAAACACGAUAUUUGAGGAAGCUAAAUGAAUCAACUAACUGAAAUUAAUUAACGAAAAGCGGCGUUAACAUUAACGGCAAAAGCAAUGCAUUUUUCAGUAAUUCAAUACAAAAGAAAACAUUUUUAUUUUCUCAACAUGAUCACUUUUUUCAAUGUCACCAUAUAAUGCGGGUGUAUCUAAAGAUCUUUUUUAGUUAUGAAAACAUUUUCUCAUUGAAAAUAUAUUGUAUUACUUGAUAUGUGUUAUAUUUAUUUUGUACUACAUUGAAAUUAUAACUUUGUCAUCAUUUUUUAUUAUAAUUGUAUUUUUCUCUAGUCUAUGCAAAAUAGAACCCUUUUUCAUUACAAAUGUUUAUCGUAAUAAUUUCUGAAUUUCUGUUCACAUUUAAUUUAUUUAUUUAAUUUAUUUUGUAAUGCAAAUUGAAAUCAAUCACGCAUUCAAUAAAAAGAAAUGGUAUCUAAAUUGCAAUUAAGAAAAGUUAACUUCCUUUUGUACUAUAAACAUAUAUUAAAGAUAUUUUAAAUAUAGACAAAUGUUUGUAACAUGUAGUUUUUUGGAUUAAAUGUCUAAUAAAUCUUCCACCGUCGAAGAUCCGUCGGAAUUGUUUAUAAAAAAUUAAAA